GAGUUGUUUACAGUUACAGAUAACUAGAUACCCGCGUGGCUGUUUUAUGUUACGUAUUGGAAUAGAUUAGUAAGUGUAGAGAAGUUGUGUAGCUUUUCCAAUCUGACUUCCUAGACUGCAUAUACUUUACUGCCAUGCAAAUCAUUUCGGCGUAAAAUACUUACAUCACAGGUUAGUAAUAAAGGAACCGCGCCUACAGGAAAGGAAAGGCGUAUUAGCAAAUGUAAACUAAGUACUCUAGGAUUACAUCAUCGCAGAUCGCGUCAGCUUUGAAAACAAAUCAUUAAAAGCGAAGGUGGUAGGUUCGUUACUAAAGCAGAUACUUCUGUCAUACUCUUCGUUCCGCUGCUGUGUUUAUGCAAGAGGUUCAAAGAGGUUUUAAGUCUAACUGUUUGUUAACUGGUAAUAAUUUGAAUCAUAUCACGAAAGAGGAAAUAUGGAAUCACAGACGACCACCACCACCACAACAACGCAUACCACUACAGUAUCAUUAAAUGUCAACUAUGUGACUUCUCCGCUCGGUAUCUUACGAAUUUGUGAAAUGGUUCUUGGUUUAAUAUGUUGGGCUAUUGUUGCAUCGCUCUCAUGGCUUAACUAUUCACCACCAUGGCAAUUUGUCAUGUUUGUUGCAGUGACAUCGUGGAUUACGACAGUGAUUUUGUUUAUAAUCUACGUCGGUGCUUUUCACGCGAGCAUUUGCUCCGGUCUUCCUUGGGCAAUCAUUGAGCUUCUUUUCAAUGGAUUCUGGGCGGUGUUUUACUUUAUUGCCGCAUGUGUUGCUGCAGCAUACACCGCUGGCUGGUCUUUACUUGUUGCUGCCACCGUAUUCGCUUGGUUCACUACAAUAUGCUACGUUGUGCAUGCAGCGUUUGCAUUCAAAGAGUACAGAGGUGGCUCUUUCAGCGGCAGCAGUGUUAACACAUAAAAGACAAUUCUCUUCUGAUCUCGCAGAAAUUGACGACGUUUCUUAUUAAAUAUCAUAAGUUUGGGCUCUACAAACAUACAAGAACGUUCUUAAAUUUUGCACUAAAUCAGCAAGUGCUUCUUCAGUAUGUCAACUAUACUCUUUUAUGUACUUUAUAACAUAUACCCUUCAGUAAAUUUUUAGUAGAGUGGGGAAAGAUGGAGCACCUUUUUGUUCUUUACUCUUGACCCAUUUCGUAUUAAACAAAAAACGUCUAAAGAAUCAUAAAACCGCAUCUUCACAAUUUCCAUAUACCGUUGUUAAUUGUUUGAAACACGACCAGGAUUUUAUUUGGACAUUAUAUGUCCUCAAGGUGUCCUCUCUUACCCCACAACACUAUAUAUUUUAACUACUAAAUCUAUAAAAAUUACACUAUUGAUAUAACUAUCUUGAUUGUAAACUUCUGUAGGAAUAAAUAGAAUAAAUAAAUAAACGUAACUUAUUUAUUCUCGUAUAUCGGGGUAACGUAAUGGCGU